ACUGUCAAUCGGCCGACUUGUAUUAGCGCCAAGUUUUCGUCACCGACAUGGGGGUGGUUCUAGGACAGUUCCCCGUUGUGCCGCCUGGGGCCGCUGCAUGACCGUACGGCGGAGAAGGCCGCGCUCAUUCCCAUAGCCGCUUCCAUUGGAGUUGCCGGAGACAAAUUGGCGCCAUUUUGAAGCUCGGGGCAGGCUGCACGGAGCGGGCUAACACGGACGGAGACGAGAGCGGGGAGUCGGAGCUGGAGGGGAGGGAGAGCACGGUGCUUGGCGAUAGGCGAGAUAUAACGGUGCAAAAAUUAUUUGAGCAAUCAUGGCUCUCUCCAAGGCCAAGGGCAACGAUGGAAAAAUCACGUAUCCCCCAGGUGUCAAGGAAAUUUCAGACAAGAUUUCCAAAGAAGAAAUGGUUAGACGGUUAAAGAUGGUUGUGAAAACCUUCAUGGAUAUGGAUCAAGACUCUGAAGAAGAAAAGGAGCAGUAUUUGAACCUUGCUUUACACUUAGCCUCUGACUUUUUCCUCAAACAUCCUGACAAAGAUGUACGAUUGCUUGUAGCAUGCUGCCUUGCUGAUAUUUUUAGAAUCUAUGCCCCAGAAGCUCCAUAUACAUCGCCUGAUAAACUGAAGGAUAUAUUUAUGUUCAUAACAAGACAACUAAAGGGUCUUGAAGAUACAAAGAGUCCACAGUUUAAUAGAUAUUUCUAUUUGCUAGAGAAUAUCGCAUGGGUGAAAUCCUAUAAUAUAUGUUUUGAGCUGGAAGAUUGCAAUGAGAUUUUUACACAGCUAUAUAGAACAUUAUUUUCUGUGAUCAAUAAUGGACAUAAUCAGAAAGUUCAUAUGCAUAUGGUGGAUUUAAUGAGCUCUAUCGUUUGUGAAGGAGAUACGGUUUCUCAGGAGCUGCUCGAUAGUGUCCUAGUGAACUUGGUUCCUGCACACAAGUUUUUCAACCAAGUUCUCAUGCUUGGCAAAACCUCUAUCAGUGAUUUGUCAGAACACGUGUUCGAUCUGAUUCUGGAGCUCUACAACAUCGAUAGUCAUUUGCUUCUUUCCGUUUUACCUCAGCUGGAAUUCAAGCUCAAGAGUAAUGACAAUGAAGAGCGACUACAGGUGGUUAAAUUGCUGGCAAAAAUGUUUGGUGCCAAAGAUUCAGAACUGGCUUCUCAAAACAAACCUCUUUGGCAAUGCUACCUAGGAAGAUUUAAUGACAUACAUGUGCCCAUUCGUUUAGAAUGCGUGAAGUUUGCUAGCCACAGCUUGAUGAACCAUCCUGACCUGGCAAAAGAUUUAACAGAGUAUCUUAAAGUGAGAUCACAUGACCCUGAAGAAGCCAUCAGGCAUGACGUGAUUGUGUCUAUAGUUACUGCUGCUAAGAAAGAUCUUCUGCUGGUCAAUGACCAACUACUGAAUUUUGUUCGGGAAAGAACUCUGGACAAAAGGUGGAGAGUGAGAAAAGAAGCAAUGAUGGGGCUUGCUCAGAUCUAUAAAAAGUAUUCCCUGCAAGUUGAAGCUGGAAAAGAAUCCGCAAAACAGAUUUCAUGGAUUAAGGAUAAACUGCUGCACAUAUAUUACCAGAACAGUAUUGAUGAUCGGUUACUUGUAGAACGGAUUUUUGCUCAGUACAUGGUCCCUCACAAUUUGGAAACUACAGAGAGAAUGAAAUGCUUGUACUACCUGUAUGCAACAUUGGAUACUAAUGCUGUGAAGGCUCUGAAUGAAAUGUGGAAAUGUCAAAACAUGUUGCGGCAUCAUGUUAAGGAUUUGUUGGACUUGAUCAAAAAGCCAAAGACAGAAGCUGGCAGCAAAGCAAUAUUUUCAAAAGUGAUGGUUAUUACAAAAAACUUGCCAGACCCUGGCAAAGGUCAAGAUUUUUUAAAGAAAUUUACACAAGUAUUAGAAGACGAUGAGAAAAUCCGAGGACAGUUGGAGAAACUUGUCAGUCCUACGUGUUCCUGCAAGCAGGCUGAAGUCUGUGUGCGUGAUAUUACCAAAAAACUGGGCAACCCAAAGCAACCAACCAACCCGUUUUUAGAAAUGAUCAAAUUUCUUUUAGAGAGGAUAGCGCCUGUACACAUUGACACAGAAUCAAUCAGCUCCCUGAUAAAGCUGGUUAACAAGUCAAUUGAUGGGACAGCAGAUGAUGAAGAUGAAGGUGUUCCCACGGAUCAAGCGAUUCGAGCUGGCCUUGAAUUACUGAAGGUGCUUUCUUUCACCCAUCCAAUUUCAUUUCAUUCAGCAGAAACCUUUGAAUCUCUCUUAGCUUGUUUAAAAAUGGAUGAUGAAAAAGUUGCCGAGGCAGCACUGCAAAUAUUCAAAAACACAGGGAACAAAAUUGAAGAGGAUUUCCCUCAUAUCAGAUCUGCAUUGCUUCCAGUCUUACAGCAGAAGGCUAAAAAGGGAUCUCCACGUCAAGCCAAGUAUUCCAUUCACUGCAUACAUGCAAUUUUUUCCAGCAAGGAGACACAGUUUGCACAGAUAUUUGAGCCAUUACACAAAAGCUUGGACCCUGGCAACCCCGAGCAACUCAUCACAUCCCUUGUCACUAUUGGGCACAUAGCACAGCUUGCUCCAGAUCAGUUCACUGCUCCUUUAAAGUCAAUGGUUGCAACUUUUGUUGUUAAAGAUUUGUUGAUGUCAGAUCAGCUUCCAGGUAAAAAGACGACAAAACUCUGGGUGCCAGAUGAUGAGGUGUCUCAAGAAACUAUGGUUAAAAUUCAGGCAAUUAAAAUGAUGGUGCGGUGGCUGCUGGGAAUGAAAAAUAAUCUCAGUAAAUCUGGAAAUUCAACAUUACGACUCCUAACAGCAAUAUUACACACUGACGGAGACUUGACAGAACAUGGAAAGCUCAGUAAACCAGACAUGUCACGGCUGAGACUGGCUGCUGGUAGUGCCAUUGUUAAACUAGCGCAGGAGCCGUGUUAUCAUGAAAUUAUUACCUUAGAACAGUAUCAGCUAUGUGCGUUGGUCAUCAAUGAUGAGUGUUACCAGGUUAGACAGUUGUUUGCUCAAAAACUUCACAAAGGGCUCUCCAGAUUAAGACUUCCAUUAGAAUAUAUGGCCAUCUGUGCUCUGUGUGCAAAAGAUCCUGUGAAAGAGAGGCGCGCUCAUGCACGGCAGUGUCUGGUGAAAAAUAUUAAUGUCAGAAGAGAGUACCUGAAGCAGCAUGCCGCUGUCAGUGAAAAAUUGUUCUCUCUUCUGCCUGAAUAUGUGGUUCCAUACACGGUACAUCUGCUUACACAUGACCCAGAUUAUGUGAAAGUACAAGAUAUAGAGCAGCUAAAGGACAUAAAAGAGUGCCUGUGGUUCGUCCUGGAGAUUCUCAUGUCAAAGAAUGAAAAUAACAGCCAUGCUUUUAUUAGGAAAAUGGUGGAAUAUAUUAAGCAAACAAAAGAUGCACAAAAUCCCGACGACCAGAAGAUGAAUGAAAAAAUGUACACAGUGUGUGAUGUGGCAAUGAAUAUAAUUAUUUCAAAGAGCACAACAUACAGCUUAGAGUCCCCGAAGGAUCCUGUGUUACCAGCGCGUUUCUUUACUCAGCCAGAUAAGAAUUUUAGCAACACAAAACAUUAUCUUCCCGCUGAAUUAAAGUCCUUUUUUACCCCAGGAAAGCCAAAAUCUACAAAUGUUCUUGGCGCAGUCAAUAAGCCCUUGUCGAGCGCAGGAAAGCAAAUGCAGUCCAAGUCAUCUAGGAUGGAGACUGUAAGCAAUGCUAGCAGCGGUUCAAACCCCAGCUCUCCUGGGAGGAUAAAGGGAAGACUUGACAGUACAGAAUUGGAUCAAAUUGAAUAUGAGGAUUACACAAUGAUAUCUUCUCCUCUUUCUGGGAAAAAAAGUGAUAAAAGGGAUGAUUCGGAUCUCUUGAAGUCUGAGGUAGAAAAGCCAAGGCGAGGAAGAAAGCAACCUCUUAUAGACCCAGAUGACAGUUUCAGCAUGGAUGAAUUAUCGAAACCUGCCCAGGAACCAAAAUCAAGGACUAGUCAGCGUGGAAGAAAGCGAGCUGCAGCAGCUUCUGAAUCAGAGGAACAAGCGUGGCAGGAAAAAAGGCUAAAAGAAGACUUGUUGGAAAAUGAAGAUGAACAAAAUAGCCCACCCAAAAAGGGAAGAAGAGGUAGACCACCUAAGUCAGCCAAAAUGGCCAUUUCAAAAGAGGAGCCUCCAGUCACAACUCCAAAAAGGGGAAGGAAAAAUGUUGUACCGAUAGAAAGUCCUCCAACAGAUGAAGAGGAUCAUCUAGAAAUAAGUGAAGAGCAAGACUCUGAAAACAUUGAUCAAAAGCGGAAAGGCAGGGGAUCAUCAAAGAAGACCCCACAAAAGUCCGAUUCAACAGAUUCUGCUCUUGACACCAGUCGGCCUACACCACAAAAGAGAAGAGGAAGGCCCCCCAAAACUCCCACAGUGCAGCAGAAGAAAAGCCAUGUUGGUCGGCCAAGAAAGGUAGUAAGUAAAGAACCAGAAUCUGAAGAAGAAAUGGAAAUAUCCCAGAAUAGUCCGGCUCUUAGUGAAAACAUUUCGAAUGAAGAGGAAACUGCAGACGAAGAAGUAGUGGCUCCUAGUACUGGAAGGCGCAGAACUGCAAAAAAGCGAUGAAGAUGGACAAAGCAGAGAAUGUGAAAGUGAAGUGAACUAGAAGGGCCACUGCUAUAGGAGACGGCGUGAAGCUGCUCGUGCAUAGGAGACGCCGACGAAUGACAACGCGCUUAAACAUUAAACACCAUAUCCCUUCAUUUGCAGCCACAAUCGUUUGUCAUUAGCUGUGUGUACUUUUUCGUGAUUUGUAUUGUGUGCUGACAUGUAGACAUGAACGUGUAAAUAGCCAAUUUUUUUUAAUGUUUCAUAAAGUGCUUGUAUAGCUUUUGUUUUGCAGCUUUAAACUGAUUUUAACUGAACGGACAUCAGAUUUUUCCAUACGACGGACACAUGAAAGAUUUCAACAUGGAAUUAAAGCAAUAUUUGCCGUUCCUCAACCCCCCCUUCUCCUCUCUUCGCAUUUUACUGUGAAAAAAAAAGUUGCCAUUGUUUUACUGCAAAGCUAAAUGUUUUUGUUUUUUUAUUACCUGUGUCUCUUUUUGUCUUCGGGCAACUCUUUUCACCUUGGCGCUCCCCUGACUUUGAGAACAGAUUCUCCAUGGGAUAACUCAGUACACAGCAGAAUUAAUGUGCGUGAAUCCAAAUGUUGUCAUUCUCCAACUCAGUAUUGCUGCCAGGCUGACUGUAUUAUGGCACUGCAUAUUAUAAGAAGAGGUUUUAAAAUAUUUUAAUUUUUUUUUUUAAUGUGUUGGCGGCUAUUAAAUAAUGUAUGAAAGACGCUACCGAACGGAUGAUCUUUUAGUUUUUGGUAACCAACAGUAUCAAUAAAAUUCUGUAUUGUUGUCCCUGCCCAA